UGACAUCUUAUAUGCAGUAGAUUUUUAGUAACCAACAUCUGGUUUAUGAAAAAUGUGUUUACUCAAAAUGGAACCGUUCCCAAAAACACCUUUUCAGUUUCCAUUGGCUGUUGUGGGGGAGACUGAGGAGGGCUCGGUUGGUAUGGAAGUGGUGAGGCAGGGCGAGGAAGACAGAACCCCUCCUUUCCACCACAUCCUGAGUGAGCAAGCUAAAUCCCUUAUCGCCCUUCAGGAGCUGCAGAAUGAAGUUGGAGCACUGCUGGAAUUCCGAGAGGUGGUCAUGGAGGCGUUCCCCCAGCUGCGGAGCAAGCUGCGAAGCUCGGGGUCGUCCCGGUGGGAGCCCGGCGUCCGGGUCAAGAGGAAGCCACGGCCCGAGGAGCCUCGCUCUCGCUCCAACUCGCGCUCGUCCAAGGCGGCCUCGUCGGUGGUGGCCGACUCCGGAUUCUGCACCAAGCCGGCCGAGCCGAGCGAGGACGAGCUAUGGACUUUGCUAGAACUGAUCCAAGCCAAGGGCACGCGGCUCAGGCUGGAAGCAGAGACCCUCCGCUCCAGGAGUCUGUCCGAUCUGUCACCCGACCGGCUACAGGCCCUCCUCCAGGAGCGGGAGCGACUGCUGAGCCAGCUGUCGGAGAUGGAGGCAGAGCGAGCGGCGCGACUGGAGGAGACCCUGCGGCUGUCGCAGAGAGUGGAGGAGCUGACGGAGGAGAAGCAGCGGCUGGAGGCGGCUCUGGCCUCGAGCACGCCCCGCCUCGGGACGCUGGACGGCAUCGUGAGCUCUCCGGCGGAGAGGAUAGUCUGCCAGGGCGGGGUCUCCCCUUCCAAGGAGGUCACCGCAGCCAUCCUCAGGGAGACCAAUGUGCUGGAGCUACAGAGGCACCUACUCACCACCUCGUACGAAAACCAGGUGGCAGGGAAAAGAUUAGAACGCUUGACUCGUAUACGUGAGAGCCUAACACGUCAAUUAGAUAAAUACAAAGAAGAAAAUGAAGACUUAAAAUUUCAACUGGAGGAAAAAAGCAUUGAGUUGGAGGGCACCAGGGCACGAGUGCGACUCCUGGAGCGAGGCCAUGAAUCGAGAGAAGCUGACAAUUCCUCGACUGAGUCGGCUGGCCAGCAGAGCGGGGAGACCCCGAAGAGACCCCGGUCGAGGAUACCACUCAAGGCGACCUCCAUCAAACCCCCCCGGCCCAUCCCCAUCUCCCAAAACAGGAAACCUCCCGCCCAGGGAGGAUUAGAUCAUGAUUCAUUAGAAAGCAGAGAACUAGACAGAUCUAUGAGAUCUGAGAUAGUUCUUCAGCCUGAAAUAAGACAGAAGCCCGAGCCACACCAAACCAAAUCCGUUUCAGCGACAACAAGAAAGAAAAAAGAAGACGAAAGCCUCCCUCGAUACUUUGACUCCAUCGAUUCACUCCCGGAAUCGGAUUCCCUCGACAUGGUCUAAGCCACCCUUUUUUUUUUUUCUUAAAAAAUCAAAUCAGAGGCCUUUAGGUUUAAAAUUGAAUAAUCGUGCCACUGCGGCCAAGGCCAUCUUUUUAAUUUAACGGCCGAACCGUAUAGUGAUUCAUGAUUGAAAAUAAUCUUCAAGUGGUGGGUUUGAAUAAAUUCAAACUUCUAGUUAACACAAACCUUGAAGUAAAAGGAAAUUAUUGUUUUAUUUAUAAUCACUGAUUACUUUGUAAUUUUGUUUGCAAUCUUUUACUCGAGGUGCUAUCGAGAAUGAUCUAUUUGCCAAUAGUCUACUGUAUAUAUAGCAGAUAUUGUACAGUUUAUAAAAAAAAAGUUUCUUUUUUUUUUUUCUAUUUAAGCUGUGAUAAACAUGAAUGAUUCGAGUAAAGAGGAAUUUAAAAAAAUAAAAAAAAUUACCAAAGUUAAACAUGAAGUGUACAUAUAUGAGUUUAUAUUAAAAAAAUAAAUAAAAAUCCUAUGUGUUUGUAAAUCUAUCGUUUUUGUGUGAAAAAGAAAAUUUUAGUUUUUACGAUAAUAUUUAUCGACUUAUAGAAUAUUCCUUGAGAAAAUUAUUAUUUCUCCAAGGGCAGAAAAGUAGCAUAUAUAAAUAUAUUUUCUAAUAAAAACUCUAAGGAUUAGAAAUUUGCUCACGAAACAUAGAUGAAUUUAUAUUGUAUUUAAUAAAAAUGCUGAGUGAUAAACAGAGACCAAAUUUUUAUGCAGAUCAAAAAUAUAUAAUAUGCAGUAAUGUUGCAAUGAAUUAAAUUGCAUAAAGAUUUAAUUUAUUAUUUAAGAAAAAAAAAAUUCAUACAGUUUAAAAGUAAUAAAACUUUUAAAAAUAAGUUUUCUGUAUAAAAUGUUUUAUUUCUUGGCAUUCACCGUUUGAAUUAAGAUUUCAAUCAAAAUAAAAUAAAAACAUUUUUCUCACAAAAUACUGCAAUAUUUGCAGAAAUUUAUUACCAUUCAUAAAUUCGCAAGAUUAAAUUGGACAACUGCUAAAGAAAAAAGCAAGCAAUUGCAUAAAAAUUUGGCCUCUGUUAAUAAAUUAUGAUGGGAGGAACAUUCAGUCACUUUAAAGUGAGGCUUUAGCAUUUAGAAAAUAUCACUGUAAUAGGAUAUAUAUUAUAAAUAAUUAUAAAUAUUGUAUAUUUUCUUUUUGUACCUAAUCGUUGAAUAUAAUUCAAUUUUUCUCCUCCAUCAUUCCAAUUUUUAAAUUUACAUUAAAUGCAUUCCUGUCAAUAAAUAUUGAUUGAAGAGUGUCGAUUUAACUAUUAGUUUUAAAUAUUUAAAGUGUAUAUUUAUCUGUUUCUUCCUUCGAUGAAAUAAGAUGUAAAUAAUGUAUUGAUAUUGUCUCAUAUGUAAAAGACUUAAGUAUAAGAUUAUUAUGACUAUUAAAUAGGUAAAAAAAAAA